AUGGAGGUUUCUGCCAACUCCGGAUCGGACAUAAGCAACUUGUUCAAACCCAUACAUCUGAAGGAGCUGCCACACAUCACACACUACGUCCCUAACCUCAAAACCCGACCCAACCCACUGGACCAAAACCCCUACUUCCACACUCUCCAACUUCCAUCCUUCUACUUCACACAAUCCGACGUCGUACUCCGCCACAUCCACAACCACGACUCUCCCUCUCCCCGCGAUGCCUACCACCGCGCCGGUCCCCGUCACGAGAUCUUCUUUGACCCUUCCAGUGUUCGCGUUGCCAUAGUCAACUGCGGUGGUCUCUGCCCCGGCCUCAACACCGUUAUCAGGGAGCUUGUGGUGGGCUUGUGGCACCUCUACGGCGUCCGUCAUAUUUUGGGCAUCACCGGCGGGUACAGAGGGUUUUACUCUACAAAGCCACUCCCUCUGAAUCCCAGCCUGGUUCACCACUGGCACACCAUGGGUGGCACCCUCCUUCAAACAUCAAGGGGUGGCUUUCAUCUCCAUAACAUCGUCGAUGCCAUCCAAAACCACGCUUUCACUCAGGUUUACAUUAUAGGUGGAGAUGGGACUAUGCGAGGGGCAGUGGAGAUAUUUGAUGAAAUACGACGUCGUAAACUGAAUGUUGCGGUUGUUGGAAUUCCUAAAACUGUGGACAAUGAUGUCGGAAUCAUUGACAGAUCUUUUGGAUUCCAAACCGCAGUUGAAAUGGCACAGCAAGCAAUCAGUGCUGCACACGUGGAGGCCGAGAGUGCAGUUAACGGUGUGGGACUCGUCAAGUUGAUGGGUCGAAGCACAGGUCACAUCGCUCUCCAUGCAACACUCAGUAGCCGUGACGUUGACUGUUGCCUGAUUCCUGAAAUAGAUUUCUACUUGGAAGGGAAAGGAGGGCUCUUUGAAUUUCUUGACCAAAGAAUGAAGGAGAAUGGGCAUGCCGUGGUUGUGGUUGCUGAAGGUGCUGGCCAGAAUAUUAUACCCAGAACUGAUUCACAGAAGGAAGAAAAGGAUGAAUCUGGGAACCCAGUGUUCUUAGAUGUUGGUGUGUGGUUGAAGUCUGAGCUUAAGAAGUGGUGGGCAAGGGACCACCCGGAUGAGUUAUUUACAGUCAAGUACAUUGAUCCUACUUACAUGAUUCGUGCAGUGCAUGCAAAUGCUACUGAUAACUUGUACUGUACUCUCCUAGCGCACUCUGCCAUUCAUGGUAUUAUGGCGGGCUAUACUGGGUUUGUUGCUGGUCCUAUUAAUGGAAACUAUGCAUAUAUUCCAUUGGAAGAUGUAGCGCGUGCUGGCAAUCCAGUUAAUACAAAAGAUCAUACAUGGUCGUGGGUGAGAUCUGUAACAAAUCAGCCUGAUUUUAUAAGGAGCUAG